AUGGCAGGUCGACACGAAGCUGAAACUGGCCCUCAGGGGGCUUUCAAUUUGAACAAUAGUGGUUUAAGUAAUGACUUAUUAUACUUGGAUGAUGAAGAUUUUCUAGACGAGUAUCCUAUGACAGCAAGACAGCGUUUCCUCCACCGGUUGGAACGCAAUGGAAAGCGCAUUUGGAAGAAAUUCAUGGAGUUGCCACUUUGGAAGCAGAUAACUAUCGUGGCAUUUUGCUCCACAGUUUCAACGUUAGGACUCGUGGCGGUCACAUUCCAUCAUAAAAUUCUCCAGCAUAUCAUUAAGUUUUCUAACGAGUUAUAUGCACUAUGGUACAUGCCUUUGGUGUUUUUCCUUCUAAUAUUUGUAGUGUCUUUCCCUCCAAUGGUGGGAUUUUCGCUUCUAUGCACUUCAGUGGGACUUGUGUAUGGGGUUUCUCUCCAGGGUUGGGUUAUAAUUUCGCUUGGGACUGUAUUGGGUUCCAUUGCGUCCUUUGUUGUAUUCAAAACGGUACUACAUUCGUAUGCAGAACGGCUGGUUCGACUAAACGACAAGUUCGAUGCACUUGCAUCUAUACUCAGGGACAAUAACAGUUAUUGGAUAAUUGCGCUUAUAAAGCUAUGUCCUGUACCAUACUCAUUGACCAACGGAGCCAUGGCAGGCAUAUAUGGAAUUUCAGUCCGGAACUUUUCCAUUGCCCAGGUUUUGACUACUCCUAAGUCAGUCAUGUACCUGUUCAUAGGCUCGCGAAUUAAGAACAUUGGCGAGAGUGAAUCGUCAUUCACAGUAUUUUUUGACAUAAUCAGCAUUUUUAUGGCGGUUAGUAUUCUGGUGGGUACUGCCUCACUCCUGUACUACAAGACUAGUCGUAGAUACCAGGAACUACAACGGCGUAAUGAGUACUUACUCCCGCUGACGGCCAAUAUUUAA